UUUCGUUCGCUCGAGUAUUGGCUUGGCUAGAAUCGAAGGCUCGUUGAGAUUCUAAGUGAACGAGCUUUGCAUGCUUUUCACCAGCAAAUGAUACAUCGGCCCUCUUACGCGCUCGCACAAUGAAGAUUUGUUCGGCGAUUCAUUCUGUCUGUUACAAGAUCCCGAGCAUCGUCAUCGCAUCGAUGAAGAGUCGAAUUGUUGCUUGUAAUUCGAUGGAAAUGAAACAAUUGGAGAACAAAGUCGAAUGAAUCGAUCGAGAAAUUACAUUUGUCAACGCUAGGAUAUCAUCGAGUAACAACGAGCGAUUCGUGCUCGAAUGUUACAAACAUUCGACGCACGCAUCGUGUGUUUCGUUUCCAACUUCUCUAGCUUUUGCCACAACUUCCCCCUAGCGAUAUUUCCCUACCUAAAAUCGUGCACUCUCUGCGAAAUAUUAACGUUCGCACUUAAACCUAAACGGCUAUGAGAUACACAGAGGACACACGGAUAAGUGAUUCACCUGAUUUUACGUCUCUCUUUAACCCAUUGCGCUGGCAACUGGUUCGCGGACCUUAACGAGUGACCGAACCGUGUAUUAUUAAGAAGUAAUAAAGCUCACCAUUUGUUUUCGCCUGGGUUAACAUUUAAUUAUACUUAAAACCGAGAGAAUGUUGCAAUUCGGAAAGAAGAAAUUCUCGACGUGCGUCAUCAUUCCGCAUUUCCCUACCUAAAAUCGUGCACUCUCUGCGAAAUAUUAACGUUCGCACUUAAACCUAAACGGCUAUGAGAUACGCAGAGGACACGCGGAUGAGUGAUUCACCUGAUUUUACGUCUCUCUUUAACCCAUUGCGCUGGCAACUGGUUCGCGGACCUUAACGAGUGACCGAACCGUGUAUUAUUAAGAAGUAAUAAAGCUCACCAUUUGUUUUCGCCUGGGUUAACAUUUAAUUAUACUUAAAACCGAGAGAAUGUUGCAAUUCGGGACAAAAGAAAUUCUCGACGUGCGUCAUCAUUCCAGCGCAAGAGGUUAAAUUGAUAAAAACGCCGUUGAUCGAACUUCAGCGCAAAUCGAUGACUACUAUUCUUUCACCUCGACUCGUCGCUGCUGCUUCCCUAGAUUUUUCUGCCUCGCGGUUACAACUGUGGCUUCUCGUAUUGUUCGCGACCGCGUACAAAACGUCUAGCGAGUUUGACGCUUGAAAAAAAGAGAAAGUCGUGGGGAGAAGGUGGCUGCGAGUUUGCAAAAUGCCUCGGUGAUUCUCGCGCGGUUGAUCGUCUCCAACAUUGACCGAGAGGGGCGGAGGGAGAGACCGGGGAUGGUGAUUGGAUCGGCGCCAAAUGUCGUCGGUAAAAUUAAUCGUUCCCUGACACGAAUUCCUCUCUAAGUGGGAAUAUCAAUUUGCGGGCAUGGAACGACGAUCGGAAGUAGUAGCGCGCGCGCGACGUCGUUGACAACUGGUCGAUGGGUGUACGGUGGAAAUGACGACGAAUAGAAAAAUCGAAAUUUUGGCAAACGAUGGAAGUACGGUCACCGUUUUAGCGGCAAGUUGGAAAGAGAAAUCACGUUCGGCGUUCGUUCUUCGUAAGAGGAUCAAAGGAAGAUUCGUCCGAAGGGCCGUCUAAUCGAGCGGGAUCGGUUAUCGAGAAAAAUACCACGCGGAAAUAUAAAGGAGAAGAGCGAUCGUUCGAUGCGACAUGUGUGAUAAAGGGACGUAAAAGCACCGAUCGACGACGACGACGACAACGACGAGCAACGGGCAACAGCAGACGAUACACCGAGGAAGAGAAGUGGCACCGGGCGAUUACUAUCGAAACCGCCGGUGUCUUUGAAACAACAGAAGACAAGAAGAAGAAAAAUACGGAAGAAGAAAAAGAAGAGUAGGAGAAUGGAGUAGGUGAUGACGUGGAGAAGCCUGAGAGAAGAGAAAGAGAGAAAAAGGAAAAAAACAUCCAAAGAAGCAUAGAGAAUUUGACUGAAAAGAAGAUAGGCUCGCUUUCCAUGACGAGAUAGAAAUUGGUAAUUGGCAAGGCAGAAAGGGGUGGGAAGAAAGAGAGAAGCGUGGAAACAGCGGAGGGAUCGGGUGGCGGAUAUAUCGAAAGUAUAUCGGGAAUAUCGGUGUGGAGGGCAGCCGCGAGACGAUAAGUGAUGUGUUCGAUGAACGUGGCGCGUCUCGCGGGUGGUGGUCGGGGUAAAACUGACGCGUGUUGCGCGUGGUGCCAUUAUUUGGAAUCGGUGAGAACAGGCGGGCAGUUGGUGAUCAGGCUGGCGGGCACCGGGGAAACGUUUCAAAGGGCAUGGCGACCACGCCACUAGGCGGUCGCCUCCCUAACGUAAACCGCAAAGGACCAUCUCCGUUCAUCGGUGGUGGUGGUGGUGGCAACAACAUAAAUUACGGCAUCGGUAACGGCAACAGUAACAGCAGCGGCAAUCACGUUAUCAAGAAUAAUCACCACGGUAGUAACAACAACGGUGGUGGGAACAACAACAACAACAACAACAACAUCAGCAAUAAUAAUAAUAACAAUAAUUACAGCCGUAACAACAACAACAACAACAACAGCAGCAGCAGCAGCAGCAACAACAACGGCAACCACUUCAGUCAUCGUAGCGCCAGCCACGAUAACAGUGGGAACCACGUGGACAGCAGCCACGGGAAAAGCGGUUGUACGAUCGAGUGUGGAACCAACAACAACGGCGGACACCACAACGGUGGCAACGGCGCUACUGGCAUCGGCGGCGGCAAACACAACGGCGGACAUAUCGUCGGUGGUAACGCCGGUGGUGGAGGUGGAGGUGGAGGCGGAGGAGGAGGAGGAGGAGGGGGAGGGGGUGGAGGAGGAGGAGGCGGCGGAGGCGUUGGUGGCCACUCGUCGAGAAAGCAGGAACGCGGGCUAGCAAGAAAAGAUCACCGACAUCACCAUCAUCAUCACCAUCAUCAUCACCAUCAUCAUCACCAUCAUCAUCAUCACCAUCAAGGUCGAGAGAGAUCGUCGUCGUCGUCGUCGUCGUCGUCGUCAUCGGGACAACAGCGCGAGUCUAAAGCAAGCACGGUGGCUGCAAACACCGAUGAGCUGGAUCCGGCCGCGACGAAUGCGACCAACAACUUCGAGUACGACGACAACGAAUGGGACAUCGGAAUAGGAGAUUUGAUAAUCGACCUUGAUGCGGACAUUGAGAAGACGAGGGACGAGAAAUUGAGCUCAGGGACAGGCAUGGCUUCUACGCCUGCCUCGGCAGCAUCAGCAUCGAAUACCACGAAUCACCAUCAUCAUCAUCAUCAUCACCAAUUGCAAAGCACAGCGAACGGCUUAAGUUCGUCGAAUUUGAUCGUAGCCACGACAGCAAGCCCAAACGGUUGCGGCCAAUCGUCAAACUCGUCGUCGUCGUCGUCGUCGUCUUCUUCUUCGACUUCUUCUGUUUCUUCUUCGUCGUCGUUAUCCUCGUCAUUAUCGUCGUCGUCGUCGUCGUCGUCGUCGUCGUCGUCGUCGUCGUCGUCUUCGUCACCCUCGUGUUCGUCCUCGUCGACCGUGUCGUCGUCCACAUUGUCAUCCGUGAGCUCGGCCUGCGUGUUAAACUCAACUGGACGAUCGAACAGUCCCGCGAACGGGAACGGAAGCAUCGUGAAUAACGUCGGUAGCAACGGUACUGGAAACGCGAACGGUUCCUCGGCGAUCGUCGUGGGCACCGUUGGUGGUAAACAGAGUAACGCCGUGGUGGUAGGUAGUAGCGUUAACGUCGCGCACGGGAAUCCUGGUAAUCCGGGCAAAAUGGCCGUUGAACAUUCGGCCACCGUCGACAAAGGACUGAAAAUGAAGAUCAAACGUACGAAACCGGGCACGAAGAGCAGCGAGGCGAAACACGAGAUCGUCAAAUCGAACGAGAUCAAUGGAACGAUGUCGUCGCAGGAUAGUGGAAACGGUGGCGCCGGUUCCCUAUCCUCGAGUGGUUCGUCGGUGUCGGAUCGGUCGGGAAGCACGAGUUCCUCGUCGUCGAUCGGCUCGGCUUCGGUUGUCGGUCAGAACGCUCAAAACUCGGACUGCACUGCGAGUGGAACCGGUGGAACUGGAACCGGGUCCAGCGUUGGUGGAGGUGUUGGUGUCGGUGUCGGUGUCGGUGUCGGUGGCAAUAGUGGUGGUGGUAGUUGUAGCGGCGGUGGCGGUGCCGGGGGCGGCAGUGGUGCCGGUGUUGGUAACAGCAGUGCUGGCGGCUGUGGUGUCGGUGCCGGCGGAACUGGUAGCGUCACCGGGCCCGGAUCCGGCGGCGGAAGUACAGGCAGUGGUAGUGGAGGUGUCGGCGGUGGCAGUGGUACUGGUGGUCAGUCGUCAUCGUCCUCGUCGUCGUCGUCAUCGUCUUCGUCGUCUAACAAAUCAAAACCAAGUCAUUCCGGUGGUUCAGCAAGUGGAACUGGUAGCACGUCUUCUUCGACAGCUGGCUCGAAGAGAGGAUCGAGCGGACAUCGUCGGGAUAAGGCGCGAGACAAGCACGAGAAGCCACAGAGUAAUCACUCGGUCAGCCAGCAAAGCAAGUCAGAGAUGAAUGGGACCGCGAGACUAGGAGGGGGCGGCGGCGGUGGUGGAGGUGGUGGAUCCAGUGGAGGCAGCAGCGGUGGUGGUGGUAGCGGUGGUAGCGGUGGACAGGGUCAGACGUCGAACGGACCAGGGUCGGGUCCUGUGCCAGGACCAGGAUUAGGCGCCAGUGUCGGGGUUGGAGCUGGAACCACCGGAGCUGGGGCGGUCGCGCAAUCUCAGGGACCGCCGGCAGCCGCGACCGCCCCGCAGCAAAAUCAGGGACCGCCGCCGAGCUCACGGACUGGAUUUUCGGUGUCGCAGGGGCCUGGUCCACCGACCAGCUCCGUUGCAGCGCCAUGUCCACCGCCGAGUCCAGCUAGCGCGACCGCUGCUGGCCCAGCUGCUAAACCAGAACAGACCAAACUCGCCUCGGUGCCCGGUAGCGGGCCUCCGAUUACCACAACGCCCGACGAUGCUAUGGAUAGCGCGGCCAGCCCUCCACCUCCGAAGAAAAUGAAGACCUCCGCUUCCGAACCAAAGGACAUGUCCGACGUGUGCGUCGGUACCAGCGUGGGGACUAUCACCGAGCCGGAAUGUUUGGGACCGUGCGAGCCUGGGACGUCGGUGACUCUCGAGGGCAUAGUUUGGCACGAAACGGAAGGAGGUGUACUGGUGGUGAACGUAACAUGGCGGGGGAAAACGUACGUGGGUACGUUGCUGGACUGCACGCGUCACGAUUGGGCGCCGCCGAGAUUCUGCGACUCUCCGACCAGCGAUCUCGACGCAAGAACACCGAAGGGUCGAGGCAAGAGGGGAAGAGCUGCGGCAAACGCAACACCGGGCAACGAUCUGAGCAACUUCACGGAAACGAGGAGUUCGGUGCACAGUAAACUGCGAAACGGUGGUGCGAAAGGUCGUCGCGGUGCGCAAGGUUCGCCAGCAGCGAGUCCGAGUCCUGCCGCGUUCGUACCACCACGACCGGAUCCAGCGGCGAAGAGGAAAUCCCGGGGUCCAGAGGAAGAGGACAAGAACAAGAGGCGAGCUCCUCCUCCUACGCCGCCGAGUGGCUCGCCACCGGCCAGUCCAGUGUUACUUGAAUGCCCAGAACCGAACUGUAGUAAAAAGUACAAACACAUAAACGGGCUCAAGUAUCAUCAGAGUCACGCGCAUGGCUCGGCGGACGAUGACGACACGAAGGAAGGCAUCACCAGUAUGUCCGAGAACGACGAGAGCAAUAUCGAGGCUCCGAGUCCGGCAACGCCAGUCAAAUCGCCAGCAGACAAGCCUGAUGGAACGCCACUCCGGCCGGCUAGUCCUCCGACGGCCGGCUUACCUCCCGAAACGCCGCCUCCUCCAACCCGUGUCACCUCCCCGAGUAUAGAGACAUCGCCCGUGCUCGCGUCGGAAAGUAGCAAGAGCAUCGUGAAGCCGGGUGUGCUGAGAUUUGGCCAGGAAGACUUGCCAGCGCCAUCGUCGACGAUACCAACCUCGGCGAGGCAGCAGCAACAACAACAGGCCGCGCAACAGCAGCAACACCAGCAGCAGCAGCAACAACAGCAGCAGCAGCAGCAGCAGUCGAACCAACUGGGUGGCUCGAACUCGCCUCCUAGUCCGAGUCCUCGAACUAGUCAGUCGCCGAGAUCGGUACCUUCGCCUCACCCGAGUGCAAACAUUCCGGCUCCAUUGAAUAUUCCUCAGCCGCCACAGCCGUCCCAAUUGUCGCAGCACUCGCAACAAACGAAUCCCCUUCUACAACCGAGUCAACAGUCGUUGCAGCCUGGCCAACCGGGACCGCCGCCUCCGCCACAAUCCAAUCAACAAUUGCAGUCGUCUAUUCAACAACAGCAGCAACAACAACAGCAACAGCAGCUGCCACCUGCUCACCAAUUGUCCGUGCAGCAUUCGUUGUCGGCGCAACUCGGUCAGCCAACGCAGGCUCACGUGGUGCAACAGGCUGGAUUGCAACAACAGCAACAACAGUCGCAGCCGAGCGGAUUGCAAGGUAUCGCGAGCCAACAUCCGGCCCUUCAAGGUCUCUCUAGCCAAGUGUCGCAGCAAGCGGCAGGCUUACAAGCGUCAGUCUCGCAACCCGGCCACCCAGGACAGAGCGUGCAAGCGCACUUGCAACCUUAUCAGAGCGUGUCGUUGCACGCGAAGAUGCCACAGUUCAAAGUUAAGCCUACUGCGGCUCUGAUGCCCGACCAGGACAAAAACAAGGAUCCGAGGACGUCGUCGAAACCUCAGGGAUACAAGAAGAAGUCGAGAAAGUCGCCGGGCGGCAGCCCACACCCAUCGCCGUUGGAACCGCCGAUUGUCGACGCGGCACGAGAAGACGUGCAAAGCCCGGCCUACUCGGACAUCUCCGACGACGCUGCGCCGGUGCUCGAAGCGGAGCCGGCCGACAAAUCGAAACAGAGCCAGGAGAAGGACGGAAAGGCAGCGACGACCGCGCAUCUACCGGCUCAUUUCAACAUGUAUCCGUACUAUGGCCAACCCCCUUACCUCGUGCCGAGCGUUCCUGAGAGCAAACCGGUCGAUCAAAAGCCGAGCGAUCUCACUCCGAAGCAAGAAAUGAAGCCGCUCAACAUACCGCAGAUGCCGACGCUGGCCAGCCUACAGAGCGUCGUAGCGGAGAAGGAAAAGAAGGAAUUGAGCCAGUCGGUGCCACAACCGCAGCCUCAACAGCCCCACUAUUACGGUGGCUAUGGCGGUUACAUGCCGCCCGGUUAUCCGUAUCAGCCGCCGCAGCCUAUGUCGCAGCAACAACAGCAGCAGCAGCAGCAACAGCAGCAGCAGGCGCAAGAGCAAGAGAUGCACGAGCAGAAGGCAAAGAUCAAGCAGGAGCCGCAGUCGCAGCAGCAGCAACAGCAGCAGCCUAGCUUGAAGGACAAGCAGCACGAGAACCAUCAGAUACUGAAGGAGAGUAUCGAGAUGAAGAGUCAAAUGAGUCCUUAUCACGUGUAUCAUAGCGGGCAGAGUCAAAGAGCGCCUCCACCGCCUCCACCUGGUCCGAUGCAGGACGACCGAAGGUAUUACCUGUACCCGGGCGAUCAGAGGCGAAAGGAAGAAGCGAGCAAACAGAGUCAACAGGCGAAACCACCACCACCGAGUCCGAAGCAUCAACCGAAGCAGGAGAAGCCGCAGGACUUGGGGAAGAACGACGACUCGAAGAGCAAGCAGGAGGGCGUGAAGCCGACGAUGGAAACGCAAGGACCACCGCCACCGCCCACCUCGCAAUACGCCUACAUUCACCCGGGUUACAUGCAACCGCAACAUUACAGCGCGUUGCCUUUCGAUCCUGGUCAUCCUAUGUAUCGCGGGCUCAGCCCGAUGUUGGUUCCUGGACCGUAUUCCGGCAAUCCGUACCUCCAUCAACUGCCGAGGUAUCACGCACCGGAGGAUCUCAGCAGACCGCCUGGCGGCAAAGCCCUCGACUUACUUCAACACCAUGCCAAUCAGUAUUACUCGGCGCACAAGAUACACGAGCUUCAGGAGCGUGCGCUCAAGUCGCCUACGCCGAAAACGUCCGCGGCAUCGGCCAGCCCUUCGUCAGCAGGGCCGACACCCUCGCGGCCACCAAGCGGGCCGCCCAGCUCGGUAGCAGGACCAGGUCCACCGCAGUCGCAGGCUCAACAACCCCAGACCAAGCAGCAGAGUCAAUCGGCGGGGCAACAGUCUCAGCAGCAACAGCCACCACCGGUCGACGCCAGCGCCGGAACUUUGACCAAGGACAAUAGAUCACCUCCGCCUCAGCGGCACGUGCACACGCAUCAUCACACGCACGUCGGCCUAGGCUAUCCCCUAUUGACUGGACAAUAUCCUGCCCCUUACGGAGCGGCGAUGCUGGCGAGUCAGCAGGCCGCCGCGGUAGCCGCAUCGGUGAUCUCGCCAUUCCCGCCCAAGUGACCCGCGGCCCCCGGUCCCGUACUAGCUGCCGGAACAACCGGACCCACCUCCGCACAAACUCAUCACACGUCUCAUCAUCCACCGCCGGUUAGCGGCGCAACCGCCGCUGGACAUCCGCACUCUGCUACCGCUGGCAGGCAACCUUAGGAUCGUCUCGGGAAUACCGCUAAUUCGGCACUGCUACCUCUUCUUCGUUAACGCGACCAGCGAGAGAAAGUGAGAGAGAGAGAGAGAGAGAGAGAGAGAGAGAGAGAGAGAAAGAGAGACUCCUUCAACAGCAGCAGCACGUCAUCCAGUUAAGGCCUGUCGUCUCCGGUUGUCAUCGUUAUCGUCCAUCGUCUAAGAAAUAUCGUCAUCGAAAGGAUCUUCCGAACUCGAUCUCCGACGAGAUUCAGUGAUCGGUGGAUACACGGUGAUCGCUUGCCGCAGACGGUGACGGUGACGCUGACCGGCGACGCUAUCUGAACACACACUGUCCAACCGCCUUCUCUUUGUCUUCGUUUUCUUCGUUCCUCGCGGAAAAGCGCGCACGCCUUCCGAACUGUCGUCGUUCCAUUUCCAAGGGAAAGUACUGCUACCACACACGAUCCAUCGAAUCCAAUUCCUGGUGGUGCUGACUAGUUAUAGAAAACAGAUAUUGAAUCAAACAAUCUGAAACUAAUUAGCUUUGAAACUGAAAAUUGCAGCCUUCUCCGAUUUCCUUCGCCGACAACGUUCCGUAGCGCGAAUGUUACGUAUCUUAUUAUAAUACGUGUAAGAAACGACCUUACGUUUUCCCGGGGCUUCUCGCAAUUUUAUGCGAAGGAUCGAUCCUAAUCUGUAGAGCGUCGACGCACAAUUCACGUGAAAUUCAAACGAAAUCGCUUCUCGAAGACACGGUCGAAAACGAACGAGAUGAAAACAGUCCCUAAUACACGCAUACACACCCAUGUUCUUCCAUUCGAAGCGUGAAAACAAAGAUUUUCCAGAUUUUUAUACGAGUUUCUUAUUUGCUCUGACCUUUUCUUGGACACUGUCAACGGCGACGGCGACGGCGACGACGACAACGACGAUGCGAGUGGAACAACGUGCAGGAAACACAAAAAAGUAUCACGAAUCCAACCUUCGACCCCUGGAUGCUUUCCGCUCGUAACUCGCCGUGGGAUUUUAACCGGUGGUCAAAAGAACGAUACAUACGUGUGAAAAAAGAUUCAACGUAUCAUUGUACCUGGUUCGAAACGCGAAUAAAACCAAAUUUCCCGAUCGAUCUUAAGAUAUAGUGGAGAAACCAGUUGCCGCAAAGAUCGACGAGCAACGGAAAAAUAAAAUACUACGAGGAGACUGGAAAGAAGAGAAAGAGAGAGAGAGAGAGUGUGUGUGUAUGUAUGUAUGUGUGUGUGUGUGAGAAAGAGGGAAGUGUGCGCGCAGUGAGAUCUCGUUGCGUUAGACUGAAAACGGUCGCAAAAUUAAAUACUGGUAUCCUACGCGUAAAAAAAAAAAAAGAAAGAAAGGACGAAAGAAGUUGCUACGGCCGUACCGCGUAUCAAUUGCCCGAUUUUUCUCCGAUGCAAGAGACUGUGUGCCUCGAAUUGCGUUGAUUCGCGUUCGGAGGCGACAAUUUAUAUUGCACUUGUAGUGACGUAGAGAUGCGAAUGUGCGAGAAUGAAAGAAAAAAAAAAAAGCGGAAGAAACUGAAACGGACUUUGUUGUUUCUACGCGUCUGCUGCGUGCGUCGCGGUGUUCUUUCCGUAAAACUCGUUGUGUAUAAAUUGCGUACGUGCGAAUGAGUUCGAUCUGAGAACUUUGUCUAUAACAGUGAAAUUAUAGAUCGUUGUAUUUUAUUGUAAAAAAAAAAAAAAAAGAGAAAAAUGAACAAGGCAGAAGAUUCCUUCUACCGCAGACUCGACAUUUUUUUAGAGAAAUUAUGUGACCCGCGAAUGACACAAAUGUUUUUUUAAACGAUUUGAUUACUUUACCGUUAUAUAAAAUGUGCGUGAACCUGUCGGUUAUACGAUAUCAAAUAAAUACGAACGAAAAAGGACACGUGUCGGAUAAGGGGAGUAUAAGCGUAAAAACAAAAAAACAAAAAAAUCA